UUGGAUUCAAAAUCUUGUAUAUUGAAGAUUGAACAAAAGCCCCAGAGUUACACAUACUUGCACAAAAUCACAACUAUUUGCUCACAAGUCACAAAGUUAUACUCAACAUGUGAAACAAAUAACAAGAGCACAAGUAGUAAUCACGGAAACCUUCCAAGAAGGAAAAAUAAAUCACAAUCUUCAUGGGCCAUCUGGGCCUCAUUUUUUUUUUUUAUUGGGUCUGUACUGCAGUUUAUGCCUUCAUGUGCGAUGAUUCCAGUAUUGGAGCCCAUGCCAUGGUAAUGGCGUAAUGCAAUAGACCCACCACCGUUGGCUUCAAAAAUUCUUAGCCACACAGACUUCCACGCAUUUCAUUCCUAAGAGCCAAGAAAAACAAAACACAAUCGCCAAAUGGAUGCGAUUACUUAUCCACAACCACUCUCCUUCACCCUCCACUCUACUAACCCAGUAAGCAAUCAGUGAAGGAUUCUCUCCCGUGAGACUUCAGUGAACAUGGACUCUCUCCUGAUGCACCAGUCUCUCUCGCGCCUCAAACUCUCCCCGAAACAGGUUCAAGCCCCGCAAUUCACCUCUGCACCCUCUCACUACCGCAUCAGACCCACCCACUGCAAGCCACAGUUUACUCUCUUCGCCAUCCAAGACCAGGAGCAACAGCAGUCCCAAUUGACACAACAAACAAAGACUCAAGAGGGCGUCGACGAGUCGUAUGGAGAAGUCAGCAAAAUCAUCGGUAGCAGAGCAGUUCAAGAUGGGUCGGGUAUGGCGUACUUGAUCGAGUGGAAAGACGGUCAUACCCCCUCGUGGGUUCCACAGAGUUACAUCGCGAAAGACGUGGUGGCGGAAUACGAGACUCCCUGGUGGAUGGCCGCCAAGAAAGCCGACGAUCAGGCUCUCGCCAAUAUUCUCUCCGCCGAUGACGACCGCGACGUGGAUGCCGUAGAUCCCGAAGGCCGAACUGCUCUUUUAUUCGUCUCCGGCCUCGGGUCCGAGAAGUGCGUUCGAGUAUUAGCCGAGGCCGGUGCGGAUUUGAACCAUCGAGACAAUAGCGGCGGAUUGACGGCGCUCCACAUGGCUGCUGGGUAUGUGAAGCCGGGUGUGGUAAAGUUGUUGUUGGAGCUCGGGGCGGAUCCGGAGAUUGAAGAAGAUAGAGGAUUGACGCCGUUGGAUUUGGCGAAGGAGGUUUUGAAAGUGAUCCCAAAAGGGAACCCAAUGCAAUUUGCGAGAAGAUUGGGGUUGGAGAGUGUAAUUAGGAGUUUUGAGGAGGAAUUGUUCGAGUACGCGGAGGUGCAGGAGAUAGUGGAUAAGAGAGGGAAGGGUGAUCAAUUGGAGUAUUUGGUCAAAUGGAAGGACGGUGGGGAUCAUGAGUGGGUCAAACCGUGGUUUAUCGGGGAAGAUCUGGUGCGGGACUUUGAGGCCGGGCUCGAGUACGCCGUGGCUGAAGGGGUGGUGGGGAAGAGAGUUGUGGGUGAUGAUGGGAAGAGAGAGUUUCUUGUGAAAUGGACGGAUUUGGAUGAGCCCACGUGGGAGCCGGAGGAGAAUGUUGAUCCCGAUUUGAUCAAGGCCUUUGAGGAGGCCCAGGCCCAGAGUAAUGGGCUGGCUAAUGUUGUUUCCGAUUUGCUUGAACAUGACAAAUAGCUAAGCAUGAUUUUGAUAUGGCUAAAUAUAAUUUUUAGUCCCU